CAAGCUUAUAAGGCAAAGGCACAUAAGCAUAAUAUUAAUGUUAAUAAUUCUGAAGCAGAAAAUUCUGAUAACUUUUCUUAUGAUGAGGUGGUUGAGAAUAACAAUGCCACAAGUAUUAUAAAAAGACUUCAAACUGCAACAAACAAUUAUUAUAGUGAUAAUAAUGUACUAAAAAAUUAUGAUAAUGAAAGUCUUUUUGCUCAUAAUGAGUUAAUUGAGAUUAAGAAUAAUAAUGCUCAAGGUUUUGCAAAAACACUUUUAAAUACAGCAAAUAUCUUUUAUCAUGAAACAGCAAAAAGAAUGUCUACAUUGUUUAUUCUUUGGAAUCAAGACAAGACUGCUGAAGAAGAUAUUGAGAUAGAAUUGUCUAAUGAUAGAUGGCUGGAUGAAGUCAAUAAAGAUGAUACUGAAGGGCUAUCAGAAGAUGAGAUUGAAACCUCUAAUUAG